UGGCAUCACCACUCCGGGACCCAGUCUCCCUUCUCCCUGCUGUCCCCCAAAAGAAGAAAUAUCUCUUUCAACAGCAGACAGUUGAGAUAUCGCCACUUCCCUGCUACUGUGAGUGUCUCUAACGAAAAGGACCAGUGAGCCCCAGGCCAUGGGCACAGGUCCAUGAGGCCACCCUGGAAAGCUGUGACCCCUUCUUCCUCACCUUUCUCUGCUAUUUUUCUAUCUUCUACUGUUGGCGGGUGUUUGUCUCUUCUUUUAAAAGACCAGGACCAAACAACACCAGCUGCAAGGGAGGCAAAUGGGAGCUUUGUCCUUGUGGGUGGCCUUCCCUGUGACCAUACCCAUGUGUGUGGCUGUGUGGGUGCUGGUGCGUAUUUGAGAUGCACCUGUGUCUGGCCAUGUGCACAGGCAGCUGUGUGAGUGUGUGGUGUGAGUCCUCGCUGCUUUUCCAGCCCUCCUCCCUCAGCCAAGCAGGGAGGGCGACCUUGAGGAUCAAGUUUGAAUCCUGACUCCGCAUGGCAGCACCAACAUGGCGGCAGCCGCCUCCGUCACCAGCCUGGUCGAUGAGGUCAACUGCCCCAUCUGCCAAGGCACCCUGAGGGAGCCAGUCACCAUCGACUGUGGCCACAAUUUCUGCCGCUGCUGCCUCACCCGCUACUGCGAGGUCCCAGGCCAGGACCCGGAGGAGCCCCCCACCUGCCCGCUCUGCAAGGAGCCCUUCCGCCCAGGGGGUUUCCGGCCCAACUGGCAGCUGGCCAGCGUGGUGGACAAUAUUGAACGCCUCAAGAUGGUGUCCUCGCCCCGCUUGGCAGAGGAGGACGCCUGCCAGGAGCACGGGGAGAAGAUCUACUUCUUCUGCGAGGAUGACGAGAUGCAUCUGUGCGUGAUGUGCCGGGAGGCCGGGGAGCACCGGGCCCACACCGUGCGCUUCCUGGAGGACGCUGCGGGGCCAUACAGGGAACAAAUACAGAAAUGUCUUGUGUGUCUAAGGAAAGAGAGAGAGGAGAUUCAAGGGAUCCAGUCAAGAGAAAACCAAAGGAUACAAGUCCUCCUUACUCAAGUGGCCACCAAGAGACAAAAGGUAGUUUCCGAGUUUACACAUCUGAGCCAGUUCCUGGAGGAACAACAGAACAUCCUCUUAGCCCAGCUGGAGAGGCUGGACGGGGACAUCUUGAAGCAACGAGAAGAGUUUGAUUUUCUGGUCACUGAUGAAAUCUGCCGGUUCAGUACUCUGAUUGCAGAGCUGGAGGAGAAGAAUGAGAGGUCAUCAAGGGAACUCCUGACGGAUAUCAGAAGCACUCUAAUAAGAUGUGAAACCAGAAAGUGCCGGAAACCAGAGGCUGUGUCGCCUGAGCUGGGCCAGAGAAUUCGGAACUUCCCCCAGCAGGCCCUCCCACUACAGAGGGAGAUGAAGACAUUUCUGGAAAAACUCUGCUUCGAGUUGGACUAUGAGCCAGCUCACGUUUCUCUAGACCCCCAGACUUCUCACCCCAAACUCCUCUUGUCUGAGGACCACCAGCGGGCUCGGUUCUCCUACAAAUGGCAGAACUCACCAGACAACCCCCAGCGUUUUGACCGCGCCACCUGUGUCCUGGCCCAUAGAGGCUUCACAGGGGGGAGACACACAUGGGUGGUGAGCAUAGACUUGGCCCACGGGGGCAGCUGUACUGUGGGUGUGGUGAGUGAGGAUGUGCGGCGGAAGGGGGAGCUGCGGCUGCGACCAGAGGAGGGGGUGUGGGCGGUGAGGCUGGCUUGGGGCUUUGUCUCGGCUCUGGGCUCCUUCCCCACACGGCUGGCCCUAGAGGAGCAGCCCCGGCAGGUGCGGGUGUCUCUGGACUACGAGGUGGGCUGGGUGACCUUCACCAAUGAUGUCACUCAUGAGCCCAUCUACACCUUCACGGCCUCCUUCACUGGGAAGGUCUUUCCCUUCUUUGGGCUUUGGGGCCGAGGGUCCAACUUCUGCCUGAGCUCCUGAGAGGGUGGUAUUACCUUCCUUUAAGUACAAGGCUUAAAUAGAGUUCCACGUGGACUUGACCCUUGGCUGGGUACCCUGGAAGACUUGGAAUAGAAAUUACUGCUUUAAAUGAUGAGCUGGGAGUUAGGAUUUUGGCAAAGGACAAGGUGAGAUGAUCUUCAACCCAGUGUUCAAACCCUUCUCCCAAUGCCCAGUGAGUGGUCAGGGUAUCUGGGGACUCAGGCCACUGCCAGUCCUCCUCACCACCAUCUCCACCAGACACAGAAGUAGCUGUAUAGAGGAAGUACUGAAUUUGGAGCCAGAAUACCUGGGUUCCAGACCAAGCCUUGUCAUCAAUCAAUUGUGUGAUCUUAAGCAAGGAACCUCACCUCUCUUCAUCUUAGUGUCUUCCAAAAAUAUUGAGGUUCAUUCCUUCAUACCCUCAAGAAACAUUUAUUGUGUGACCAUUAUGUUCUGAGCAGUAUCAUAGCCACUAGUGAUUAAAAAAAAGAAAAUGAAAAAAAAAAAAAAACUGUCUCUGAAGGAGCUUGCAGGAAGAGACAGUGAGAUAGGAGGAAAUUACAGCACAGUGUGAUGGGCGCUAUGCUAGGGGAAUGAACUGGGUGUUAUGGAAGCUCAGAGGAGGGGGCAUAACCCAGUACGGAGGGUGGGUGUGGGUCAGAGAAGGCUUUCCAGAGAUGUGAGUUUAGAGGGUGAGUAGAGUGAAUGAGGAAAAGAGAUGAGGAAGCAUCUUAGGAAGAGAGAACAGAGGAGAACUGGCUGGAUGACCUGUGACUCCUGGGACACCGGGUCAUCUUCAUGGUCUUCAGGAGAGCAUAGCUGCAUUAUCUGAAGAUGUGAGGCCACUCCCAUUCCUGACACCACUAACUGUCUCCCUUCUCCUGGUGGGAUCAGUUCUGGCUGAGAUGAAGAUGGAGGGCCUUCUGGGGAGGAGGGCAGGAGGAGGUAUGGCCAUAAACCAUAACCGAAGGGCUGUUCUCCAUUUAAUUUACUACCACCACCACUCACCUCUGUGUAGGACCACACUCAGCCCCUGGGAAAAAUCCUUAGAUCUCCAUCUGAGGUUAAGAAAUGAGAUGGUGGAAAGGAAUGAGCCAUAAAUAGCUCAAUUGCAGGAGCAGAAAUGGCACCAUCUGCACACUUGUGCUGGGUAAAAGAAUUCCAGGUAGGGGCAGGGUGAUAAAUUGGAUGAGCUUUGACUUUUAGUCCAAGGAGUUGAGACUCCUCUGGAACUGGACAAAGAGUGACAUAUGGGACCCCUACUUUAUACCAUAUAUGAAAAUUAACUCAAAACGUGUCUGGGAUUCCACCAAAAAGUAAAUUGUAUUUUUCUGUUUGUUCUUACUAGUUUUAUGUUGGUCUUUGGGGCUCUAAAGUAAAUGUGUAUGAAGAUCCCAGCCUGCCAGGGGCCUAUGAAGGGCUACCUGGUCCUCAUAUGCGCAGAUUCAAAAACUUGAAUUAAUGAUCAUCAAUAUCAUUAUUAUCACUGCCAUUAUCACCAUCAUUUUGAUAGCUAUCAUGAUUUAUGUGCUUAUUAUGUGCCAGGUUAAGCCCUUUACAUGCCUUAUGUCAUUUAAUCUUGGUAAUUCUAUGAGAUAAAAAAUAGAUCCUAUUAUUAUCCCCAUUUCAAAGGUGACAAAGCUGAGGACUAGUGAGUUUUGGCUAUUUGAUCAGCCAAAGAUUUUAAUCCAUGCCCAACUGAAGAGCUCUUAAGUGCUACACUGAAUGGCUUUGUUUGGAAAUUGGCCCCUGGGUGGGUCCUGAUAAAUACUUUAAUGCUGGUCACACUCUCCACAAGUGACUUGGAUUCAGAAAGACAAUUUUUAUUUUUUACGCUGAGAAAAUAAAACAGCUGGUGAGAGAAAAUACUCAUCUUGGCCUUUCAGCACUUGAUGUUUACUUGCUCCUGGAGUGUGGAGCCAGAGCAGAAGAAGUGGAUGGAUCCUAAAACACAAUGACUUAAAGAUAAGGCAGCUCCGUGAACUUCCCUGCUCUGCUUGCCCCAGAGUUAGGACUCCAGUUUUUAAUGAUUGGGGCCCUGAUGCCACUAACUCCUUUUCCAAGACUCCAAAGGAGUGUCAUGCAUUUGCUCUAACAUCCACAACUUUCAUCUAAUUUUUUUCACAGCUUAAGUUGUAGCAGCUUCUUCUAUUACAAAGAAUAGAGACCCACUCAAGUUAGUUCAAAUAUGGGAAAGUUUAUUAUAAGAACAGACAUGGAAAUAAGGAAAAAAGGACUUUCCACCAUUUUGCCAGGCCUCAUGGGAAGAAGCUGUGAGGGCAGUGGUGGUUCAGUGGUAGAAUUUUCGCCUACUAUGCGGGAGACAGGAGUUCAAUUCCCAGCCAAUGCACCUCACGCAAAGCCAUCAAUCAUAAUCUGUUGCUAUGAUGCUGAACAGGUUUCAGAGGAGCUUUUUCCAGACUAAGAUGGACUAGUAAGAAAGGCCUGGCAAUCUACGUACUUCCAAAAAUCAGCCAGUGAAAACCCUAUGAAUCAUAGGUCCAAUCUACAACCAAUCACCAGGCAGCGUUUUGUUCCGUUGUGCAUGAGGUCACCAUGAGUUGGGGGCCGACUCAAUGGCAGCUAACAACAGCAACUUGGGAAGCUAUGGGGGGAGGGUGGCACACAACCUGGACACACAAGAAGGGCUGGAGAGUCACAAAAUGCUAAUAAUGAUAACAAACAUAUAUAUCUCUCACUUUGGUCAGACAUUCUAAUAAAUAUUUUAUAUAUUCACUUUAUGUUUGCAACAAUCCUAUGAAGUAGAUGCUAUUAUUAAUUUUUAUGUAUGAGGGAACUGAGAUGUGGAGGUUGAGUGAUAUCAAAUCAACAGAUUAUAAAAGCAGAGCAAGAAUUUGAUUUUAGGUGGUUUGGCUUCCAAGUACGAGCUCAUGGCCGUUAAGCAACACUGCCUUUGUGUGUUCAAGAACUGGCAGGAAGAGGGCUCGAGGUCUAAGGAAGCUCUAGAGACAGAAUCACCCACUCAGCAGCAUGGGCGGCGUAUACUCCAGUACGCUGCCGUGAGUGCAGUUCUGACUCCCUCUCCUUCUGCUGUACCUACCUAUUAAUGACACAUUCAUCAUACAGCCAUUUUGAAUUUCCGAGAGAAUCUGAUACUGUCUUUCUUGGCAGGGCAUAGUCUCUGCUGCCCAGCCUGUAGUUAGGCUGCUCUGGGCCAGAUGCCCAGCCCUGGUCCAGGCAUCUGUGGCCACUUCAGAAGAGGCCAGAGGACCUGGCAGUCACCUCAAUGUAACUGACUUCUCUCUGGGAUAGAGAGACCCUCUGAACUCAUCAUUUUCCUCCCACUCCUGGUAGGAUACUUCUGGACAAGUUCUCUGUGUGACAUUAACCCCAUCUAGGAUGAGGGAAUCGUUAGCUGCCACCUUCAGGGUGUUCACUUCCAGCUGAAUGUCUUGUUCUUAGAUUUUGAGUCUCAUGUUUCUGAUACCCACAGCUUCCUGCCUACUAACUACACCUUUCUUUUUUGAACAUCUACACUACUAAGCUGUUCCUCCACCCCCCGCCCCCUGCCCGCAGUCACCCACCUCCAGUCCAUCCUGCACAAGGGGCCAGACUGGUUUUCCUCAAACACCGCUUGGUCCCUUUACCCUGCCUCAAAACCUUGAUGGCUCCCUAUGUCCUGGAGUCAUCCAUCUAACCCUCUGCUUGACUCUCAGUCUUCCCCAUUCCUGAACAUUCCAGACUAACCAGAUCAGCCUCCUCAUACUCCCACAAACACGCUGUGGCUUAUUCCUGCCUCCAAACUUCCGUUUGUUUAGUUAUUCUGACCUGAAAUGUUCUCACCUUUCUCUCGCGCCUACCAAAUCUCCACCUCCCCUACAAAGCUUUCCCAGUUUCACUCAUUUCUCCCCGAAUGCUCACAGCACGUAGCAUCUAUACCACUUAAUUUAGCCCACCCGCACUCUUUUAUUCCCUUUGUGUUCUGGCUCCACAGCAGCUAGAUUAUAAGCUUCUGGAUGAGGAAAUGGAAUAAGAAGGUGAAAUUAACAUGUUUAAAUGUUUACAGUCUGUUAGGCCCUGCACCUAGCAUGUAUAAUAACAUUUAAUUCUUACAACAACCGCAGGCCACAGGUACCAUUAUCCCCAUUUAUAAUAACAUUUAAUUCUUACAACAACCCCAGGCCACAGGUAUCAUUAUUCCCAUUUUAAAUGGGUAAUACUGAGGUUCAGAAAGGCUAAGUAACUUGCCCAAGCUCAGAAAAGUAUUAGGUGUCAGAACUGGAACUUAAACUCAAGUCUGACUCUGGGAUUUUACUUGUGGCUAUGUUUUAUUCUUUAUAUCCCUCAGUGACUAGACUAGCAUUGAAUAUAUUAGCAAGGGCUCAACAAAUAUUGGCUAACUGGCUACACAUUAAUGGCUCCCUUUCUUAAACACUGAGGAUCA